GGGGUGAGUUUGUUGCCUUCUCUGGGUGAAUAUCUCACUGCCCUGGACAUGAUGGGCCCGAGGCGGAAGUCCACCAAGACACAGCUCGCCGGUGGGGGAGCUGCCGACCCUUACAGACUGGAGGAGCCCAAGGACUACAUCAAUGAACUCUCCCAUGAGGUCCUCUGCCACAUAUUCCGGUCAGUGAGCGUCAAAGAGCAGAAUUCAAUGGGGGUGUCCCCCAAAAGGCACCAUAUUCCCUAUAUAGUGUACUCACUUUGACCAGGGCCCCUCUGGUCAGAGGUGGAGCGCUAAAUAGGGAAUAAAGUGCAAUUUGGGACAUAAUAAGGGUUCUUUGUUGCUGUUCACCCUCUGACAUGACAAUGGGACGUCGUCAUUGGUCCUUGCUUGGACUGUAAAUCUCCACAAUGUGCUUUUACGAAAUCUGAUUAUUUUACAACUAAACAUUUGUAUUUUUUUUUGUGCCUCAAAGGUGAUGCACCGCCACAAUGACCAGGAUAGGGUAGCUGUGAAUAUUUCCCUCCUUUAUCCCCCCUGCAUGCAGGUAUCUGCCCAUGCAGGACAUCAUGUGUAUGGAGUGCCUGUCUCGGAAGCUUCGGGAGGCGGUGACACUGUACCUGCGGGUGGUGAAGGUGGUGGACCUGUGUGCUAGCCGUUGGUGGGAGUACAUGCCCUCAGGUAGGCAGAGAGGUACAUGGCGUGUUUGGAAAGUAGCGGGAGGAUAUUGAUGAUGCAAUAGUUGAUCAUUGAUUUUGAAGCACUGUCAAACAUAAAUGAACUUUAAAGUCUAAAGCAGCUAAGAUUGUAGGUAAUAUGUACGUACUCUGCGAUAAUGAAUGGGAUUGAAUGAUUGUGGGUUUACAAAGAAGUGUCAAUGCACUCUUUAGUUAACCCUCUGUAACUGUUAUGGCCUGGUGCCAUGGAGCAGGAUUCACAGACUGCAGUUUCCUCAUGCUGCUGAAGAAGAUGCCAGACCUGGAGCAGCUGUAUGGGCUGCACCCCCGCUACCUGGAGCGCCGCAGAGUCCGGGGCUAUGAGGCCUUCAGCAUCCCAGGAGUACUGGAGGCUCUUCAGGCCUGCCCCAACCUGCUGGUGAGUCUGGGUCUAACAGACCGGGGCCAGGAACAAUUUUGACUGAUUGUGAAAGUAGGCUUAACACUUAUGGUGAGGUGAUCUUGAAAGCCUUUUAGGUUGACAUAAAUAACUUUAUAUUUAGGUAUGCCGCCUAAAUAUGUUGUUUUGCUAGGUUUGUGUACACUAAGAUGUAUGUCUAUCUGCAGGGAGUGGAGACGUCUCAUCUGGAGCUGGUGGAGGCGAUCUGGAACUACAUGCCUCAGGUCCACAUCCUGGGGAAGUUCCGCAACCGCAACGGGGCGUUCCCCAUUCCCCCCGAAAACAAGCUCACCAUCCCCAUCGCAGCCAAAAUACAAACCUUGCAUCUUGUCGGUGAGUGUAUCAAGGACUAGGCAUAUAUCUCCCAAUCUGUUUAGGUCAUGGCACCCUAGACUAGUAGCAGAUCUGUGUGGGCUUUCGCCAACUCCUCUGUUGUGCUCAACGGCAUAAUUAAUAAUUACCAGACUAACGACACUCACCACAGUGUACUAACUCAAUGUACUCCUCUCUUACAUCCCAGGGGUGAAUGUGCCAGAGAUCCCGUGCGUCUCCAUGCUGAGACACCUGUACCUGAAGUGGGUUCGCCUCACCAAGCCCCAGCCCUUCAAAGACUUCCUGUGUGUCAGCCUGCGGACCUUUGUGAUGAGGAACUGCGCGGGGCCCACCAACUCUCUGAAGUACGUGCCCCUGGUGACGGGCCUGGCCUCGGCCCGCAACCUGGAGCAGCUGGAGCUGGUUAGAGUGCCCUUCCUGGGGGGGCUCAUCCAGCAUGUGGUGGAGGACAGCUGGAGGUCAGGUAAGGAAGGAUGGACCCAUCUCAAUGAUAUUUAACUCAGUACAUCUGGAGGUGUGUGUGUGUCAUGCUCAAUAACGGGCCAGUUUCCCUGACCCAGAUUAAGACUCGUCAGGACUAAAAAGCAUGGUCAAUAGGGAACCUCCAUUGCAGGUGCUUUUUAGUCCAGCACUAGGCUAAAUCUUUGUCUGGGAAAUCAGUCCUAUAAGUAUCAAUGUGACGGAGAUGACUACAGUUUUUCCGUUAUAUUGUGCCGCUGCUUAAUUGUUGCAACUGCGGAAAAAAAACAAAAAAAAAUACUCAACGUGCACUUUCAAGAUGUUAGUUAUCCAACCACAUGUGCGGCUCUGCGUGUGCGAGUCGGGCCGUUGCCAUAGGAGAGAGCAAGGUAGGUAGCCUAUACAAUUUGAUAGACAACAACACUAACUAGAACUGGGACAAUAAACCGCGCCAUUUGCUGUGAUUACAUCAUCAAGUAGCCUAUAUAGGCCUACCAAUGGAACGUUUUUGUAGGACAUUACAUUUUACUGUUAGAUCAAUUCCAUUGCUAUCUAGCAACAAUAUCAUAUUUAGAGUUAGCAAUCUAGCUAAUGUGUUUUGAGUUCCCACUUCCUCAGGUGGUAAAUGAAUGUAUCAUUUUUUAUGACCAAUUGUAAUGACAAAAAUGUCAAAGUAAAAUGGAGUGACGUCAGUUGGACGUCCCAAGGACCUAUCAGACAUGAGCAAGUAACGUUACCAGGCUACUGUCAAUAAAACAGCAUUAUCUUGCUAAUCAUGCCUCAAGCAACCGUCAUCAUCGGCUAACGUACAAUAACAUACAGUAGCUAACUAGCUAGUUCACCCCUCAGAGGUAAUAAUGUGUUUUGAGUUCCCAGGCAUAGCCUAGGCCAAUAUGCAAAAAAACAACAACAAAAAAAACAUGCAGGCGAAUUAAUCUCUAGAGCCAAAAAUAUAUCGGAUUAUUCUGGAUCCUAUAUUGACAUGUUGCACAUCAAAAUGCAUUCCCUGAACAUGCUAGAUGAAAUGGCUAACUUCUUUCAUGUGUUACUUGGCGCUGGGAAAAGUCUGUCUAGAACCCUCCCGCUUAGCUACCUUGCUUUGAAGUAUAGCCAUUUGAUACCAGAUUCACUGAAUUAUAGUAUUAUACUUUUUGGUUGUAAGCUAAUUUUCUAAUAUAAUAAUAGCACUAAGAGAGCUACUGGGAGUGUAGACUUUUGUACCAGCCUACUCUAACAUACCAGAUUCUACAAAUCAACUGCUCAACAGGACCUUUUUGAAUUUACUCAGGUGUGUUUGAGCAGUGCUGGAUCAAAAGCCUGCACACCCAGUGGCCUAGCUCUCCAGAUGGAGAGUUGACCACAUUUAUACAGUGCUGUAUAUUUGACUUUAAGGCAUUCACAGUGGUAUCGUUGUGGUAUUGACUAUCAUACUACGCUGGUAUUGGUAUCGAAGCCAAAAUUCUGAACACUUAAGAGUUUGAUCUACCUAAUGAUUAGCCCAUUGGGGUAUCCUAAAUAAAUGCAGAUAGGCAACCCCAUGCUUCAGCCGUCUAUAGCCUAGCUACAAUGCUACUACAUCCGUUUGUCCUGUGUAAAGAAAGAUACAGAACAGGCCUCAGGAACAGUGUUCCGAAGUGUUCUGUUUUGGUGUUUCAAUCGUCCUAAACCUGGCCAUUUAUACUUCCCCUUUGUGCCCCAGGCGGAUUUCGCAAUUUGCACACUAUUGUAUUUGGUGCCUGUAAGAAUGCACUUGAAGUUGACCUGGGCUACCUCAUCAUCACUGCUGCACGCAGGUAAGCCAAUAACUCACUGAUUGAGUUAAGUCAAUGGAUUAACGUGAUGAAUGGUGAGAUUUACUUAGUGCUUUGUUUUUUUAAAUUUAUUUUUUUAUCUAGAUUACAUGAAGUUCGGAUCCAGCCUUCCCUAACCAAAGAUGGGGUGUUCUCUGCACUGAAGAUGGCUGAACUGGAGUUCCCCCAGUUUGAGACUUUGCACCUUGGAUACGUUGAUGAGUUCCUAUUGCAGUGUGAGUCAGUCAAGGCCUAAGUUGUUACAGUGGGGAAAAAAAGUAUUUAGUCAGCCACCAAUUGUGCAAGUUCUCCCACUUAAAAAGAUGAGAGAGGCCUGUAAUUUUCAUCAUAGGUACACGUCAACUAUGACAGACAAAAUGAGGAAAACAAUUCCAGAAAAUCACAUUGUAGGAUUUUUUAUGAAUUUAUUUGCAAAUUAUGGUGGAAAAUAAGUAUUUGGUCAAUAACAAAUGUUUCUUAAUACUUUGUUAUAUACCCUUUGUUGGCAAUGACACAGGUCAAACAUUUUCUGUAAGUCUUCACACACUGUUGCUGGUAUUUUGGCCCAUUCCUCCAUGCAGAUCUCUUCUAGAGCAGUGAUGUUUUGGGGCUGUCGCUGGGCAACACAGACUUUCAACUCCCUCCAAAGAUUUUCUAUGGGGUUAAGAUCUGGAGACUGGCUAGGCCACUCCAGGAACCUUGAAAUGCUUCUAACGAAGCCACUCCUUCGUUGCCCGGGCGGUGUGUUUGGGAUCAUUGUCAUGCUGAAAGACCCAGCCACGUUUCAUCUUCAAUGCCCUUGCUGAUGGAAGGUUUUCACUCAAAAUCUCAUGAUACAUGGCCCCAUUCAUUCUUUCCUUUACACGGAUCAGUCGUCCUGGUCCCUUUGCAGAAAAACAGCCCCAAAGCAUGAUGUUUCCACCCCCAUGCUUCACAGUAGGUAUGGUGUUCUUUGUAUGCAACUCAGCAUUCUUUGUCCUCCAAACACGACGAGUUGAGUUUUUACCAAAAAGUUAUAUUUUGGUUUCAUCUGACCAUAUGACAUUCUCCCAAUCCUCUUCUGGAUCAUCCAAAUGCACUCUAGCAAACUUCAGACGGGCCUGGACAUGUACUGGCUUAAGCAGGGGGACACGUCUGGCACUGCAGGAUUUGAGUCCCUGGCGGCGUAGUGUGUUACUGAUGGUAGGCUUUGUUACUUUGGUCCCAGCUCUCUGCAGGUCAUUCACUAGGUCCCCCUGUGUGGUUCUGGGAUUUUUGCUCACCAUACUUGUGAUCAUUUUGACCCCACAGGGUGAGAUCUUGCGUGGAGCCCCAGAUCGAGGGAGAUUAUCAGUGGUCUUGUAUAUCUUCCAUUUCCUAAUAAUUGCUCCCACAGUUGAUUUCUUCAAACCAAGCUGCUUACCUAUUGCAGAUUCAGUCUUCCCAGCCUGGUGCAGGUCUACAAUUUUGUUUCUGGUGUCCUUUGACAGCUCUUUGGUCUUGGCCAUAGUGGAGUUUGGAGUGUGACUGUUUGAGGUUGUGGACAGGUGUCUUUUAUACUGAUAACAAGUUAAAACAGGUGCCAUUAAUACAGGUAACGAGUGGAGGACAGAGGAGCCUCUUAAAGAAGAAGUUACAGGUCUGUGAGAGCCAGAAAUCUUGCUUGUUUGUAGGUGACCAAAUACUUAUUUUCCACCAUAAUUUGCAAAUAAAUUCAUAAAAAAUCCUACAAUGUGAUUUUCAGGAUUUUAUUUUCUCAAUUUGUCUGUCAUAGUUGACGUGUACCUAUGAUGAAAAUUACAGGCCUCUCAUCUUUUUAAGUGGGAGAACUUGCACAAUUGGUGGCUGACUAAAUACUUUUUUUCCACACUGUAUAUAAAAAGUAUAAUAUUUUAUAGUGAUAUACACUUAGUGGCCAGUUUAGUAGGUACACAACCCGGUUCACGAAAAUGGUUCGCUCCAACAGACAGUGAGUCAUGUGGCCAUGGCUUGCUAUAUAAAGCAGGCAGACAGGCAUCGCCUGCCAUCGAGGCAUUCAGUUACUGUUCGAUUGAACGUUAGAAUGUGCAAAACGCUCUGCAGAGAGGUCACUAGCUGGUAUGGCAACAAAGUCAUUUUAAACCUAACCAAAACCUUAACCACACUGCUAACCCUAAUGCCUAACCUUAAAUUAAGACAAAAAGCUACCUUUUCUUUCUCUCAUGAACUUUUACGUUAUCGCCAAAUUUUGACUUUGAGCUUGCACAUCUAGCGGAAACCGCUCAGUUCUGCCUACAGGGCAAGACUCAUGACAAUAAACUUGCCUACAAAACACAUUGUCUAUGGGCAAUGGGUACGAAUCCCACCCCUUACACUUUCCUGCUUUCCUCCCCUCUACUACUGUACCCCAUAAUCUACUUUCUGAAACGGUGUAAAUAAAAUUAUGUAGCUAAAUAGGACAAUGCUCCAUAAAAAAAAAAAAUCUAGCCUUUAACUGUAGGUUAUGGUUAUGCUAUUACAUAAGAUGUAUUGAUUGUAAUGUCCUUUCUUUGUUAGGUAAAAUGAGUCACUCUGAGCUGGUGAAGUAUGGCCUGGCUGACGUCAUUGAAAACCCAGGUAUCAUCACAGACAUCGGGAUGAAGGCUGUCAACGAGGUGUUCUCCUCCAUCAAGUAUCUGGUCAUAUACAACUGCCCCCACCUCCACAACCCACACAAGUGGAUUACAGGUAAUGGACCAAAUCAUUUGUUUGCGCUUUUUAGGAUCCUUUUUUGACCUUUUUUGGGACCUUGCCUAAAGCAGUAUGCUUUCUAAGCUUUGAUGAAACAGAUCAUUUUAUGGUUUUUACUUAAAUUACUAGUGCAGGCUCAUGAACAUUGAAAGCUUAGUGGACACUGAGAACUGUCUGUGUUGUCAUCAGACCACUCACGGUGGAGUCGCCUGGUGGACCUUACGCUGGUGCGUUGCCAUGCCAUCAAGCUGGAGUCGUUCAGCCAGUUCAUUGAGCUGCUUCCCAGCCUGGAGUUCAUCUCCCUGGACCAGAUGUUCAGAGAGCCACCCAAGGUAAGUCAACUGCACUGGGCAACACCAUACAGCAUAUACCAGGGAUGGGCAACUUUAAUGGGGGUGGGGGCCACCCAAAAUCUGAACUCAUGUUGCUCAUGGGUCUACGUACCCAUAUCCCCCCCCCCCCCCCCCCCACAUUACGAGUAAAACAUUUUUGUGGCCCCCCUCAUGCUAGCGGAGAGAAAAUGUUUACGUUUUACAGCUAAUGUACUGCAAUUCUACACAUUUUGCCAUAGGUUGUAGAUAAAUGUUUGCCGUUUUUAAUAUGAUAUCUAUGUGAGACUGACUAACAGAAUCAGUGGGGGCACCCGGCAAGUAAUUCCACCAUGAUAACAAGUUUAGAUAGCUGGCCGCUAAACUAAUUUAACAAUCUAAAAACAUUUUUGCUGACAUGGGCUAAUAACUGUCUAUACAGUGCAUUCGGAAAGGAUUCAGACCCCUUGACCUUUUCCACAUUUUGUUAUGUUACAGCCUUAUUCUAUAAUGGAUUAAAUUAAAUAUUUUCCUCAUCAAUCUACACACAAUACCCCAUAAUGACAAAGCAAAAACAGGUUUUUAGAAAUUUUGGCUAAUUUAUACAAAAAUAAAUAACAGAUACCUUAUUUACAUAAGUAUUCAGACCCUUUGCUAUGAGAAUCGAAAUUGAGCUCAGGUGCAUCCUGUUUCCAUUGAUCAUCCUUGAGAUGUUUCUACAACUUGAUUGGACUCCACCUCUGGUAAAUUCAAUUGAUUGGACAUGAUUUGGAAAGGCACACACCUGUCUAUAUAAGGUCCCACAGUUGACAGGUCAUGUCAAAGCAAAAACCAAGCCAUGAGGUCGAAGGAAUUGUCCGUAGAGCUCUGAGACAGGAUUGUGUCGAGGCACAGAUCUGGGGAAGGGUACCAAAAAUAUCUGCAGCAUUGAAGGUACCCAAGAACACAGUGGCCUCCAUCAUUCUUAAAUGGAAGACGUUUGGAACCACCAAGACUCUUUCUAGAGCUGGCCGCCCGGCCAAACUGAGCAAUCGGGGGACAAGGGCCUUGGUCAUGGAGGUGACCAAGAACCCGAUGGUCACUCUGACAGAGCUCCAGAGUUCCUCUGUGGAGAUGGUAGAACCUUCCAGAAGGACAACCAUCUCUGCAGCACUCUACCAAUCAGGCCUUUAUGGUAGUGCCAGACGGAAGCUACUCCUCGGUAAAAGGCACAUGACAGCCCGCUUGGACUUUGCCAAAAAGCACCUAAAGGACUCUCAGACCAUGAGAAACAAGAUUCUCUGGUCUGAUGAAACCAAGAUUCUUUGGCCUGAAUGCCAAGCUUCACGUCUGGAGGAAACCUGGCACCAUCCCUACGGUGAAGCAUGGUGGCGGCAGCAUCAUGCUGUGGGGAUGUUUUUCAGCGGCAGGGACUGGGAGACUAGUCAGGAUCAAGGGAAAGUACAGAGAGAUCCUUGAUGAAAACCUGUUCCAGAGCGCUCAGGACCUCAGACUGAGGUGAAGGUUCACCUUCCAACAGGACAGCAACCCUAAGCACACAGCCAUUUGCACAAAUUUUAAAAACCUGUUUUUGCAUUGUCACUGAGGUAUUGUGUGUUGAUUGAUGAGGGGGAAAAAAAACAUUUAAUCCAUGUUAGAAUAAGGCUGUAAUGUAACAAAAUGUGGAAAAAGUAAAGGGCUCUGAAUACUUUCCGAAUGCACUGUAAGUGACUGACAUAACAAAACUUCUGAUGCAAAACCAAAUUUCGAAAUCGCACCUUGUGUAUUCUACUAGUGAUUUUUAUUUUGGAAAUCUGUUCCAAAGUAUUCCCACGCAUAAUAAAGCGAUAUACACUGAGUGCACAAAACAUUAGGAACACCUGCUCUUUCCAUGACAGACUAUCCAGGUGAAAGCUAUGAUCCCUUAUUGAUGUGACUUGUAAAUCCACUUCAAUCGUUGUAGAUGAAGGGGAGGAGAUGGGUUAAAGAAGCCUUGAGACAAUUGAGACAUGGAUUGUGUGUGUGUGUGUGUGCCAUUCAGAGGGUGAAUGGGCAAGACAAAAUAUUUAAGUGCCUUUGAACAGGGUAUGGUAGUAGGUGCCAAGCACACCGGUUUGAGUAUGUCAAAAACUGCAUCUCUGCUGGGUUUUUCACGCUCAACGGUUUCUCGUGUGUAUCAAGAAUGGUCCACCACCCAAAGGACAUCUAGCCAACUUGACACAACUGUGGGAUGCAUUGGAGUCAACAUGGGCCAGCAUCCCUGUGAAACGCUUUCGACACCUUGUAGAGUCCAUACCCUGACGAAUUGAGGCUGUUCUGAGGGCAAAACGGGGUGCAACUCAAUAUUAGGAAGGUGUUCCUAAUGUUUUGUACACUCAGUUUAUGUGAUCGUAUAUACAAAUGUAAACAAGGUUUGAAAUUAUUAUGUUUUAGGGGAUAUCUGUUUGGGCUUCUUGUGGUCAAUUUGCAGUCUACAAAUUAUUUGUAAUUAUGUUCCCCCUGACCAUCCACUCAAGAAAAAAAUCGGCCUGUGGCUGAAUCUAGUUGAUGGUCCCUGUUAGAGGUCAUGAUGGUCUUUGAUCUUUUUUUGUAUUUGUAUUUAUUAAGGAUCCCCAUUACUACUCUUCCUAGGGUCCAGCAACAUUAAGGCAGUUACAUAAAAUUGUAAACAUUACAUGACAUAACAUUUCAUAACACUUUACCCAAUACAUUUAGUGUGUUCCCUCUUUCUCCCUCAGGGCUGCGCCCGAGUGGGUCUGAGUGCUGGCACUGGGAUAGGAGUCUCCUCUGCCCUGGUCAGCAACCAGAACUCCAACAAUGACAACGACAAUAACAACAACAACAACAACCACCAGAACAACAACAACGAUGCACCCAACAUCCCACCGCACAACAAUGACAACGAGGAGGGUGCUGCUGUCGUGCCUCAACCACAACACAGGGCCGAGGGUACGCUGCUGCUCGCAUUGUUACGUUACUACAUGACAGUGUUAUAACAUUGCUACAUAAUUGUUCGAAAGUUGUAAUGACAUCGUUUUAACAUUCCUACAACACUGCUACUAUUGCUGUCAUGGGGAUCUUAGCUGCGUAAUGUACCGCUAGUGUACAAUCUCGUGACCUUAAGACUGUUUCUCUCCUCCAGAUCUUCCUGAGGUGAACGGGAUGUUGCAGGAUGAGAACAUCGAGGCUGAGGCAGUGGUCCAGGCCUGGCCUGCAGACGAGAUGGAACCCUCUGGUCCUGGACCCAGUCAGCCUGCUGCCAACCCUCGGCCAGACAACGCAGACGAGGAGCAAGCAGGUCUGGACAGAACUAACUCCAAUACAGUGGCACAUAUUUCAGCGAAUUUGCAUGAAAACAGACUUUUUUCAUUUUUAUGUCUCUUUCUUUCCAUCUUCUCACUAUUUUCUCUCUUUCUCCUCUGUCUGUUUUCCUCUAUCUCGCUCCCCCGCUAUUUAUUUCUCUUUUUCUCCACUGCAUCCUCUCUCUCUCUCCGUCUUACCCCCCUGUAGGUCCCAGUGGUGUUCAGUGUGUGGUGAAGAAGCCUCCAGUGGUGAUUUUUGAUUCGGACAGUGAGGAUGAGGAGGGCCCUGCCAGACCCCAGGCUCCAGGCCGGCCCCAGCAGCAGCAACAACACACCACCUAUCCUCCUGAACCACCACAGCCCACGGGCAAGACUGCCACUGCUGAGGAGGCAGCCACACACACUAGUGAGUCUCUCAAAUGUAGGGAUGGGCACGGUUAUUCGAGAUAUGCGAACUGACGGUAGUGUUUUUUAACUUAUGUUUUCGGCCAAUAUUAACAAUGUGAAAGCUUUGUCUAAAUUAAAUUAUCGGUGUGACAUUGUUACAUACAAGGACAUACCAUUACAUUUUAAAUUCUUAAUUGAAUAACACAAACUUUUAAAUGUAGUUAUGACAGUGCGUUGAGCUACUGCUGUGCAUUUAGCCCUCCAAUCAGCCCUGACAACGGUAUUCUAUUUUCCCCUCUUCAAUUUGCGAUGACAGGCGCACCUAAGGGAGGUUCCACAAGACCUGGCACAGAUCAAUGCAAAACACUCACUAGAAAACAUGAUUGAAACCGAAUCUGUUCUAUCAUGGCGAGCAUCAGACUUCUCUUUCACUGUUGCUGUUAGCUACAAAUACAGGAGAAUAGCAUCCUGUCCACUGUUGUGCCCUCUACAAUUGCGUCAUUCUGAUCCGUCGAGCAAUAAUACUUUUUUUGGACUAUCCGGAUAUCCGAAAAUAGUGAAAUCUUUUCAAAUGCUCAUCCCUACUCCUCACAUCAAAAAUAUCUUUCAAUUAUGAUUGAUUGUAAGAGACCGUAAGAGCCUGAAUGUUGACGAUGAAAAGUUAUUUUCUAUCUAUUUUCUCGAAAUGGCUUCCAAGGCUUAUAUUUGCAUUUUAUUAUCACACCUAGUCUGUGUGUUGUCAGUUCUGUGCUGUGUUUGUGUGUUGCAGAUAAAGGGAAGACGCCCCUGCGUCGACGAGGGCCACCCCUACAGGAGCCCAGCUGUGAGAAGGGUUGCCAGGUCACCAGUGAGCAGAUCAAAGCUGACAUGAAGGCUGCCACUGAGGUCCCUGACGAAGACAAGAGCUCCAAGGAGCCUGCUGCAGGGACAGGGGCUGCUGGGGGCGCAGGCUGCACCACGGGGGGCUGUGUCUGCUCCAUCCACUGGAGAGAAGACUCCGCUAACCAGGAGGAACAGGCCAGAGCCCGGGCAGGGGACGAGGGGACAGUCAGGACUCGCUGCACCUGCAAUAGGGCUCGCCCCGGCCCAGAGGGAAGGACUCGAGGUGGGCCCAACCACCCAGCCUCUGGAGGGGCAGGAGGAGGGGACAGGACCCCAGAGAGGAGGCAGGAUCUGGGGGAGGGCGCAGGCGCAGAGGGGCUGGAGGCCAGGGACCCUGCUGAGGAGAGCCCAGCGAGGGUAGUGCCUGAUGGGCACCGUGGUGAGAAGACAUCGGGUCAGAGCUCCAGGGAGGCCAGCGUAGAGCUCCAGCCCAGAGGGUUAAGAGACGGCUUCCCCAGGCGACCUGUCACCCGCGCCCGCAGCAGACUGUCAUCUGUACCCCUGGUGUCUGAGUCAGGUAAGACUGGGGAUAAGCGAUCCCUCUCUGUCAGAGCAUGAAACACAUUGUAAUGCUGAUCAUUUGAAAUGUAGGCCAUCUUAUAAUGGCAUUGAUAGUGUAGGAAAGCCUGUGAAAAAUGUGAGUUUCUCAUAGAGAUCCUGUUGUUUUGUCAUGCAGAGCUGUCCAAUUCCAAGCCUCGGGUCACGGUGAAGAGGAAACGCACAGCAGACAAGUCCACCAGCACCAGCGACCCGGUCACAGAGGACGACCAUGUACAGGUAGGACCACUACACACACUGGGAAGAGACCCAAUGUUCCUGAGCAAAGCAGCACAGAAAAAGAUUGUGCACCAGGAAAUAGGCCAGAGUGCCAUUUUGGAACGAAGCUAUACAUGGUCAAAUUAAGGACUAACUCUCUAUUGAAUGGAGCAUCCUUCCUUUGUUUAUCCUUCCCUAUUGCCAUCCAGGUGCUGACGCUGAAGUCCAAAAACCUGGUGGGAAUCACCCUUACAAACUGUGGCAUUACUGACCUAGUGCUGAAGGACUGCCCCAAGAUGAUGUUUGUUCAUGGUAGGUUUCCCUUUUAUAGUCUCCCUCCAUAUAUGAUCAAGACUUGAUAAUGUGGGCCAUUCUGUCAUACGAAGGCUAAGUCCCAAAUGGCCCUAUUUGGCCCUUUAAAUGUCCCUCUGCCGUCCCUCUCUGUGUGUCCCUGCAGCCACGCGCUGCAGAGUGCUGAAGCACCUGAAGGUGGAGAGUGCCCCCAUAGUGAACCGCUUUGACUACGCCCAGUGUAAGAAGCUGGACAUGGAGCAGGUCCUGGAUCAGAUCCUCCGCAUGCCCCCGGAGAGAAACCGCAUCAUCUACAUGCGCCCCAUGCAGCAGGUCAGUCAGAACCACAGACGUCCUGUCUGGAACCUGUUACAGUUCCCAAAUCCCAAAUGAAAUUUACACUGGAUUAAAAACAUUGAGCCUAGUUCAGAUAUGUCUUACUACAGUUAUUCUGCGCAAUAGAAAUGACUUGCACAGGAAAUGUGAGCAUGAUUUCUCAUUAAAUCCUAGCAGACGUACCCCCUGUUUGCAUGAUAUGGUUUGUAAACCUUGCCCUACUCUGACAUUUUCCCUUGUCGUAGAUUGACUCUCUGGCCCUGGAGAGGAAGCUGUUCCGUGGGCCGUACCCCUACCACAUCGCCAUCAUCCACGAGUUCAGCAACCCUCCUAAUGUCAGGAACAAGGUCAGAGUACGCAGCUGGAUGGACACCAUCGCCAACAUCAGCCAGUGAGUCACACAUACUGCUAUAUAAUCCCUUUUAAUAGCUCUCUUUUCUGAGCUUUUCCGAGUUAUUUUUUUAUGGAUCUGGAUAGAUGUUUCAAUUUCCAACUGUUUUCCUAUGUAAUCCAGUAGAAUAUUUAGUGGGUUGCUGUCAGUCUGUUUCCUCCAAUAGAUGGCAGUCCUUUAUCAUGGCCCUGGUGUUCUCACUACAGCCAGCAGGUGGCGCUGUUGAUGCUCUACUGACCUCACUCAGCCAUACUGGACUGGACUGUUGGGAUGGUGAUCAAGGACCAAUGCCAUUUUCCUUCCUUCCUCCAUCUAAAAACCCAACAUAAAUAACCUCUUUCAUUUAAUCAACAGGGAGCUCAUCAAGUAUGAGUUCUUCCCUGAAGCUACGCGGACGGAAGAGGAUGUCAAGCAGUAUCCCAGCUACCCCUGGGGCCGAGACAUCUACACCUUGGAGGGUGAGAGGAAGUCCCAUCUAAAACCCUCUGAGACUGGGUCUCGGUCUCUUCACAGCAUAGCUACAUCCUUCUCUAGAGUCACUCUAUUCUACAUCAGUUCUAUUAAUAAACCAUGUGAAUAGUGCUGGUCUACUGGGAUCUCUCCAGUCCAAUAAAGGCCAGCUGUGGGAUUCUAUUUCCUGUGAACAUCUUUUGAUUAUUUUGAUCAUCUCACUGGCUCCUUCUCUGGAGAGCUCUCAUUGGCUAUUCCUGAUCAACGUUUUCAAAUCUUGUCAUUGCAUAUCUCACACUACAAGAGCGUUGCAUAUUUUAUGCAGAUAAAAUGAAACAUUUGAAAAUAUCGGGACGUCUGGGACUGCUCAAAGAAGGGAUCGGUAGCCCUCAAAUUGCGUCUCCGACCCACUCACAUUAAACGAGCGAAGGCCGCGCGGUCCGAGUAGGCAACAACACAGUGAUUUUGUCUCCGAUCUCAAAAACGUGUCUGGGACCGCUAAAUCAGGCCAAAAUCGGGUAGUGUACACCCAGCUUUAGUGUUUUUCCAUGCUUCAUUCGUUGUCCACCUCUGGUUUUCAUGAUUCAAGACCUACAUUGUGUUCCUUCACUUGUCCCUUAGAAUUUUGGGGUGGUAGCUACUGCUGCUAUGCCCUGUUCUGAUGUCUUGUCUGUCUCUCUCUCUCUGUCUCUGUCUCUGUGCUGUCUGUAGGAGUGGUAGAUGAAGCGCCCUACUCCAUGAUCACAGACUUUCCCUGGCUCCGUACCCUACGGACAGCUGAUCCCAACAGCUACGCACGCUAUGACUUUGAAGAUGAUGAGAGCAGUGAGUGACCGUCACCCUGUCCAGUAGUCACCAUCUUUACCUAACUGCCGUACACAGGAGCUCAACCUGGCCACAGUGAAUAGCAAAGCUGCUCCCCUAUUUCUAGGAUCAUUGUCAGUUGUGUUAUAUGAGAACUGUGAUCUGUAUCGCUGUCUCUUGAGCCAUUCACAUGAAUAGAAUGGAAUGCACUUUUGGGGACUUUUUAGGGCCUACUUCCUGUAUAUGUACCUGCUAGGUAGCACUGUUGAGUCUGUUCUUAUCAAUCAUAAGGUACUAACCACAAAAUUAGAAUAAAUAGAACGGGUGUCCCCAUUCAAUAAUGCCGUAAUGGGUGGACUGGCAGCCGUUUUGAGUAUACCCAUGAGUUUACCAGUCAAAUUGCCAUGGUGAGAGGUUUCUAGUUCGUUCUACUCAUUCUAUUGCUAUGGUACCAACCAUUCUCUCCUCCUGUGUCUCUCCUGCAGCCACCAUCUACGCCCCGCGGAGGAAGGGCCAGCUCUCGGCAGACAUCUGCAUGGAGACCAUCGGUGAGGAGAUCUCGGAGCGGCGCCAGACGCGGCGCGGGGUCUUCCAGCGUGUGGUGGUGGUUUUCAUCCACUACUGUGACGUACGGGGUGAACCUGUGGACGAUGACUACAUCUAGUGCCUCCAGUUCUUUCCUGGACUGGGGGAGAGACCUGAGAGGGAGGGGAGGGGGUCUGGAGUGGAGACCCAGCACCCCUGGUGCCUGCCUGCCAGGCUCCUACUGUGGUCUUUGCACCCACCCACCCAAUGUUGAGAACCAGUGCUUGACAGAUUUUUCUAUGGAGCUCCAGGGAGGGGGCACUGGGGUGUCUGUCUCGAGUUGCCUUGUUUUGUAUUUUCUGACUUUUCAUGAAGGGAGAGCGAGAGGCUGCUCAGUGGGUUGGUUCUCUUCUCACAGCCAUUGUUUAGGGUUUUUCUCAGUGGGGGAAUGACAGCUCCUUGACCUUUUAGAGGAGUUAAAGCUCUGCUCUUGCCUGCCAUUCGUACUCAUAGAUACGCUAUGAUGAUCUUUCCAUGCACUACCUCGCCGUAUAG